AUGACGGCCCUCCUCGGGAAGAGAGGGACGGUGCAACGGAUCACGGCAGGGCACUCUCCCGAACAAAACGGUUCGGCGGAGCGGUUGAACCGGACGCUCGAGGAAAGUGCGCGGGCUUUGCUAGAAGACGCCGGGUUGGGACCGGAGUUGUGGGCGGAAGCGAUGUUGACGGCCAACUUCACCCGAAACCGGGUACCCUCGAGCGUGCACGGCAAGACCCCGUGGGAGAUGUUCUAUGGGGAAAAGCCGAACCUAAGCCACUUGCGGGUGUUUGGGGCGCGGGCCUACAUCCACGUGCCCACGGAAAAUCGGAAGAAGAUGGAGCCGGUGAGCGAGAGGGGGGUGUUCUUGGGCUACGAGCCCAACUCGAAAUUCUACCGGGUCCUUCGGGAACGGGAUGGUAGGAUCUUAACUUCCCGCAACGUCAUGGUGGAUGAGCGUGGACCCUCCGCGAUCGUUAAGCUUGGCUCCGAUCCGGGGAAGGAGGAGGGGGGUGCUCGCGGCCCUAGUCGUGUGAGCCCCCCAACUCGGAUGGGUGUAGAGGCUACCCCUACGGGGGAGGCCGACACUCAGCGCGGUGUAGGGGCUACUCCUGCGGGAGAGGCCGACACUGGGAGCGAGGAUUCUGUUGAAAGGGAUGGCGCUCAAGAGGAGACGGCAAGAAGAUACGCCGCACACAAAAGUCGGGCGCCCAGGGAAUGGUACCGAGCGAAUCUAGCGGCGGAAACGGGGGAGCAUCCGGAGCCGCAAACGUAUCAAGGAGCCGUAGGGGAAAAGGAGAGCGAGCUUUGGCGGAAGUCCAUGGACGAGGAGAUGCGGUCCUUGUUAGAGAACAGGACAUGGGAGCUUAACAAGUACACCACCUUGCGGGCGCUUUUACCGGUAGUCGCUGAGCGCGACUUGGAGCUUCACCAAUUGGACGUCAAGACGGCGUUUCUCAACGGGGAGCUCGAGGAGGAGAUCUACAUGCAACAACCGCAAGGGUACGAGCAAGGCGGGCCCAACGUGGUUUGCCACCUCAAGCGCACCUUGUACGGAUUGCGCCAAGCGCCGCGUGCGUGGCACGCGCGCUUGAAGGAGGAGCUCGGGAACUUUGAGUUCGUGGCGUCCUUGGCGGACGCGGCGCUCUUUUCAGGAGUGGUGGACGGGGAGCGGGUUUACCUCAUUGUGUGGGUGGACGACAUUCUCGUCGCGGCCCGGGGGCCAGAGCGGAUUGCGAAGGCGCACUUGGCGGAGAAGUUUGACGUGCGCGGCUUGGGGGAGGCGUCCUACUUCCUCGGGAUGGAGUUGGCGCGCGACCGGGAGGCGCAUACUUUGAAGCUCACACAAAAGAAGCUCACGGGGAAGCUUCUUGGGCGGCACGGAUUGGCGAGCGCACGGGCGCGCUCGGUUCCCCUCGGUGCGGUGGAGAAGUUAACGAGAGAGGGUGAGCCGCUCGACACGGCGAGAAUCCCCUAUAGCGAGCUCAUUGGAAGCUUGUUGUUCUUGAGCGUGUGCACGCGGCCCGACAUCGCUCAAGCCGUGGGUGCUUUGGCGCGCUACACGAGCGCGCCAACGGAGGCGCAUUGGGCGGCGGCGCUCGAGGUGGUGCGCUACUUGGCGGGGACGGCGGAAGCCGGAAUAACCUUCGGGGGGAGCGGCGAGCGAUCGAAGCACAUCGACGUGAUUCAUCACUUUGCGCGGGAGCGGUUGGCGCGGAAGGAGGUCGAGUUUGCGUAUUGCAAGACGGAGGACAUGAAGGCGGGCAUCUUGACCAAGGCCUUGGCACCCGGAAAGUUCUUGAAGUGCAAGAAGGAAUUAGGAAUUGCAUAG